UCGACUUUGGAAUCCCUAAGCAAAUAAUCAAUAUAGUUUAAAAAUUAACUAAAGAAUAAGUCAAUAUAUAAUCAAUACGCGGACAUAUAAGCUUUUUAACAAAUACUAAAAAUCCUACAUAGAGUAAGAGGAUCUAAACGAUUGGUGGGUAAAACUUGAGCUACUUCUGAAUCAUCGGGACCUUUGGAAAUUGCUGUUUUCUUCCCCUUAUCCUGUCAAAGCUUUGAGAAUUUUUACUGUACAUUAAACAUUUAUUAACAUUUAAGUGCUAUUACUAUAGUAAGGUACAACAACAUUUUAUUGGGCAUGUAUCGCAGAAUGGAAGAAAGGAAAUCAUCUAAGUCAGAUGCCAAGCAUCAAAAUAGUAGUGAAGGCAGAACAAAAUCUUCAUCCUCAAAGUCUUCGUCGUCGAGCUCGAAAUCAAGCAAGUACUCAGAGCGCAGUAAUAGUCGGGAAAACUCCAAUUCCAUGGCCAUUCAAAAAUACAAUCCCAACAUGCGUUUCAUACGUAAAAGUGUGGAGACACCGGCCCGCAAUGUCUCCACCAACUAUUUGGAAUUGGAGACAGAAUUCCCUCGAGAUUAUGAUGACAACAUUGAAAUGUUGUCACGGGAGGCAGAACAUUUGGAGGAGCAAUUCCGUACGCCUACCAGGACUAGCACCACUGAUUUGUCCUUGACAACUACGGCAACGGAAACAGUGUUGCGUCCUGUAACUCCCACGCCCACACGCAUUGUACGCGCCGAGGUUGUGGAGAUAAACAGAAGUAAGGAACCAACAGAUAGCCCGGAUAAAGAAUCAAAAUCCAAAGGACAGAAACACUCCAAGCGUGUUGGCUUUAAGGUGGAGGAGAAGAUUGAGGAGCAAACGGCAGAAUGUAGUGUGGUGGCCAAGGGCACUUCAAAGUUGUCCAGCAUUGAGGAGAGUGCCCAAACACAACCGUCUGAAGCAGCAAUUCCGGUGGUUGAGGAACCAGAAGUGGUAACCACCAUUUCUGCCCCCGAAAGUCCCCAGGCGGGAGAACAGAAACGCAGUCUGCAGCCAGCUAGCAAAACAUCUUCUACAACUACACCAGCUUCGACCGCUACUACAGUUCCUGUUGCCAUCACCACUAGCUCGGCCAAGGAUGACGAUGAUGAACCUGUAGCCAUGUCGCCUUGCGGCCGCUUCUUCAAGUAUGACAAAGAGGUGGGUCGCGGCAGUUUUAAGACGGUCUAUCGUGGUCUAGAUACCGAAACUGGUGUAGCCGUAGCCUGGUGUGAAUUGCUAGACAAGCAGGUGAAGAAAAGCGAGCGCAAGCGGUUUCGCGAAGAGGCCGACAUGUUGAAGAAGCUGCAACAUCCCAACAUAGUGCGUUUCUACACGUAUUGGGAAUUCAGUGUGGCUCGUAAGAAGAAUAUAGUGCUGGUCACUGAGCUUAUGCUCUCCGGCACCUUGAAGUCCUAUCUGAAGCGUUUCAAGAAAAUCAAUCCCAAGGUCUUGAAGUCUUGGUGUCGUCAGAUCCUUAAAGGCUUGCACUUCCUACACACUCGACCUCUGCCCAUCAUACACCGUGAUUUGAAAUGCGACAAUAUUUUCAUAACUGGCACCACGGGAAGUGUUAAAAUCGGUGACUUGGGUUUGGCCACGCUCAAAAAUCGUUCACAUGCCAAAUCGGUGAUUGGCACUCCGGAAUUUAUGGCUCCCGAGAUGUACGAGGAACACUAUGACGAGUCGGUUGAUGUCUAUGCCUUUGGCAUGUGCAUGUUGGAGAUGGCUGUCUCAGAAUAUCCCUACAGCGAGUGCAAGGGUCCGGCACAGAUCUAUAAGAAAGUCAUUUCAGGCAUUAAACCAGCCGCCAUGAGCAAGGUGGAGGAUCCCAAGGUGAGGGAGAUCAUUGAAAAAUGCAUAGAGCUGAAAAAGGAAGAUCGACCCAAAUGUAAGGAUUUGCUAAACUCCGAAUUCUUUGAGGAAGACAUAGGCAUACGUGUGGAGGCCACCUCUACCGAGACGUUUCUGGAGAAUCCCGAUAACAAUGUCAUUGAGUUUCGCCUACGCUUCUUGGACCCCAAAAAACGUUCCUCCAAACACAAAGAGAAUGAAGCCAUACAAUUUGAAUAUGAUGUCAAAAAUGAUGAUUGUGAACGUGUGUGCGAUGACAUGAAACAGGAGAACAUUAUCACCGAGGAAGAUGCUCGUGCCAUUGUACGUUUGCUCAAGGUUCAGGUAUUCUCUUUGCUCAAGGAACGAGUUCAGCGACAAACUCAAUUUCAAUUGCAAAACGAAAAGUCACGCUUGGAAAAGAUCGCCUUACAAAAGCAGCGGGAAAUGUUGCCCGAAAAUGUCGAAGAAGAGGAGGAAGAAGACGAGGCUGACUCUGAGGAGGAUGAGGAUGGCACCAAGGCUAGCCAAAAGCAGCAACACCAAUCUCAAGCAGCCACACAAAACACACAGCUGGAAGAUAUCGCCAAUCAGCAGCAAAGGCCUCAACAACAACUGCAUCUCCAGACGCAACAAGUUGCCGCGCAAGAAGAUGCGGUUAAUGCUGCAUCCGCUACAAUGGUGACCUCACCCACAACGGCCCCUGCAACACAGCCACAAUUCUACAAUACUCAAAUGGCUUUGGCCUCAUCAUUGAAUGCCAUACUGCAACAACCCUCAAGUCAAAGUUUUGCUCAGCAGCAGCAGCAACAGCAGCCGCAAGCAGCUUCUCAAACUCAUCCUCCAUUACAAAGUCAACAAUCGCAAAUGGAGUUUUCUCCGCAACAGCAGCAAACGCAGUCACAACUUGAAUUUGUGGCACAACAACAGCAGCAAGGGCUUCAAACUCAAACUCAGCCUCAGACUGAUAUUGCUCCUCAACAAAAUCAAGUUGUACAGCAGCAACAACCUCAACUGGAAUAUGCGAAUCAAACAUCACAACAACAGCAGCAGCAGCCGCAGCCUCAAAUUGAAUAUAUUAACCAACAACCACAGGCGGCUUUGCAGCAAGUGUCACAGCCCAAUCAGACCAUGCAACAACCCCAACAUGAAUUUAUCACCCAACAAUCACAAGCCUCAUUGCAGCAGCCGCAGCAACAGACUCAGCCUCAAUAUGAUUUCAUACCCCAGCAGACUCAUCAGUCCCAAAAUAUCCCCCAGCAGCAGCAACACCCACAAAUGGAAUUUGUUGCUCAGCCCACUCAUCAACAACCCCAGUAUAGCUAUGUUCCCCAACCGACGCAAACAUUACAACAAUCAUCUCAUAUUGACUAUGUUUCGCAACAAUCCCAGUUAUCACAACCACACCAGCAACAUCAGCCAUUACAAUCAUUACAGCCAUUGGGUUUAAGUAACGGCAUUGAACAAGUAGCAGCACAAGUUCCUGUAUCCACAGACUGCAAUCAAGCAACCAACACUGGUGCCAUACAUUCUUUACAACAACAACAACAACAAACAUCUCAGAUUGAAUAUGUUACACAACAAACACCCCCCGUACAGCAGUCACAUCAAACACAGCCGGAAUUUAUUCCCCAACAAAACCAAAUGUCACAAAAUGAUUUUGUGGCACAAUCAACACCGACAUCACAACCACAAUUACAACAUGUGGAAUGUACCACUCAGCAGCUUCAGCCUCAAACUCAGCCUGAGUUUGUUAGCCAACAGCAAACGCCUCCGGUACAACAGGUACAACAAACUCAUUUGGAAUUUUCCAUUCAGCAAACACAGCCUCAACAAAACAACAGUCAUCAAUCAACUCCGCCAGCACAACAACAACAGACGCAAUUGGAGUUUAUGCCCACACAAAUCCAGCCCCAACAACCAUCUCAGAUGGAGUUUAUUCCCCAACAGACCCAACCAUCACAAAUGGACUAUAUGCCACAACAAACUCAAUCCCAACCUCAAACAUCCCAAAUGGAAUACCUACCACAACAAAAUCAAUCACAGCCAUCACAAAUGGAGUACAUUCCACAACAAACUCAAUCCCAGCAGCCCCAGAUGGAUUACAUGCCACCACAAAGUCAGGCUAAAGUCCAAGCCCAAUUGCCCCAAGUAGAAUACAUUUCACAACAAACCCAACCACUAUCCCAGCCAACACAGAUAGAAUACAUUCCCCAACAAACACAACCCCAAACUCAGCCAUCCCAAAUGGAAUACAUUCCACAACAAUCUCAACCCCAAACUCAACCAUCCCAAGUGGAGUACAUUGCCCAACAAACUCAACCACCACAUAUGGAAUACAUUCCACAUCAAACCCAAACUCAACAACCACAGAUGGAAUACAUUCCCCAACAAACUCAAACUCAACCCCAAUCCCAACCCCAUCAAAUGGAAUACAUUCCCCAACAAACUCAAGCUCAAACGCAACCAAAUCAUACUCAGCCUCAAACUCGGCCAGCUCAGAUGGAAUAUAUACCUCCACCAACUCAAAGCCAAACCCAAGUUCAACCAACCCAAGUCAUGACCCAACAAACGCAAUCGCAACCACAACAACCAAUGGAAUACCAAUCGCAGCCAUCGCAAUCAACUCAACUGGAAAUUCUUACCCAACAUUCUCAAACCGCUCAACAGCCUGAAUUUGUUCCUCAGACAAUUUACCCCUCCCAACCAGUACAACAACAGCCUGUGAAUUCGCAGAUUCAAUUUCCCAUGCCAGUGCAACAGGUUUAUCAACAACCACAGGUUACCCAAGAAUCCUCCCAUGAAUCGUCCCCCUCGGUACAGCUUCAAGAACCGGCGUUUGAAGCAAAAGCAUUAAAUGGCAACAAUGCCGGUGGUAUUGUGACCCUUCCUCAGGUGAGUGUGGCAACUAGCACCACCAUUACCAAUGGCACCGUAGUAAAUACGAUGGAGAAUAACAAUCCUCCAAACUCAUACCAACUACCAUCAGAUGCUGCAGCACGCACUGCUUCGUUUAGUGAAUCUCCCAUAACGGGCAAUGUAGUUGCACCACUUAUGCAGCAGAUUGUAACUCCGGAUCCAGGCUCAAAUCAGCAAUCCCUAGCUUCAGCAGCCUCAACAACAUCAGCCACCUUUCCUACUUCGAAUGAUAUACGCGAUUCUUCGACCCUUAACGAUUCCGAAACGGUUUCACGUAAAACCAGCACCGCCUCCGAGUAUACCACCAUAUCAUCGGACUAUUCUCCGGAGAAUACCAUUACACCCAAUUCGGUGUUUCCACCACGCCAUCUCAGCAGCCAGCAAUAUUUUGAAAUAGGUCAAAACAGCGAUUUCCUGCUACAUGAGUAUCCUAAUGUGAAUAUUAUAAAGGAUUCGCUGCAGGAUAUACGCCGAGAGGAUGUGGGCAAUGUCAGCAGUGAUGAAUGCGCCACAGAAAAUUCCUCACCUCCUUAUGAUGUUAGGGGAAAUCCACCCAUGAAAUCGAAUACCCCUGAUGGCAGUGUGGCAGGAGGAGCUCGCAAAAUCUCUCGUUUUUAUGUCAACCCAGUGGUCUUGCCCAGUGCUACAGCCAUGGAAGAGGGCCAAGGGCAGGCAACAGGUGAAAAUAAAACUCCCUCGGGAUCAAGUGAGACGGGAGUGGCACCUAAUGCUAAUGGGACUCUGACUUCAGCACCUCUGUAUGUUACGCCCUCGGGUGAAGAGGGCAGCAAUGCGCCUACCCUGGCAACCAAUGGUAACGCCAAUCAUUCCUUGGAACAGCUUAAAAUUGAACUGGAGAACAUUACCCAUGCCCAGGCAUUUGCAUCGGCCAUUGUGGCUUCCAUAAACAGUGACCACUUGCAGCAACAUAAUCCCACACAACAGCAAUUGACACCAAUUCAACAGCAGCAGCAGCAAUUGAAUGUGCAAACAGAUGAUGAUACACCUACGGGUCCCUUGAGUUCGACUCGCACCACCUCUACCUUCAAUUCGAGGCGUACCUCUUUGGACAACAGUGGCUGCAAUGAGUUGCAAAAUGCAGUCACCCAUUUGGGCGACUUUAAUGAUGUGAACGGAGUAACACUGCUGGCGCCCAACCAGUUGCAGACCAGUCUACAGCCCAGUCUACAGCAAAACACAAUUCCCGAGACCUUUAGCCAGAGCAGCCUCAGCAGUGAGCCCAUAGUGAAUAUUUUCGAGCGCAUUGAAAAACAACAGCUCUCCAAACAGAAUAGCCUGGAAUCCAACACACAGUUUCCUCCACUCUCCAGUGGCAGUGUGGACUCGACCAUAACCACAAACACAAAUACACAGCGUCUGUGUGGUCUCAGUCAAACCAGCAUAGCAGAUUUGGAGAAAAAGUUGGCUGCUUUGCGCAAUGUGGAGUUGACCGAUGAGAUGUUGGUGGAGCAGCAACAAACCGAAAACGAACUCAAUGCUCGUAGGGUAUCACGUUUCUGUGUUAGCCGAGUGCAAGAGGCAGCCAGCAGUGAACAGCAGCAGCAAGGAGCCAGCACUGCAGAACAAGACACUACACCCACACAGGAAUUGCAACAGCCUUUUGUGGUGCCGGUGACUGUAGCUAUACUCAGGCCCACCAUUGAUCUGCAGGCAGCCAAUACAUUGGCCAAUAAUAGCUUCAAUACACCAACAGAGCUGUUAUCACCAUCUUCACUGACCUAUCAGCCUUUGGGGGGACCCUUGACGGCGGCCAAAACCGCAGCCGCAGUAGUGCUUCCCUUGCAACAGAGCCAAGCGGCCCCGGUUUAUAACAUUGAACCGGCGGCUCAAUUGCAGCAACAAUUGCAACAACAAAUACAACAACAACUACAAAGAGUAAACUCAAUGCAGGUCGAAGCUGGGCAGUUUAUGGCCAACUUUCCCCAAACUCAACAACUACACCAGCAGCAGCAGCAGCAACAACAGCAGCAGCCCCAAACAUUGCAACAAACUGCUUUGGCCAAUCAUGCCGGCCAACAAUUACAACAAUUGCAACAACAACACAUACCGCUACCCUUUGUUACACCCAUACAACAACAACCAACCGCUAUGCAUCCCUACCCCUACAUAUCCCAUGAACUGAUCGAAAGUGCCCAACGUCUAUCGCUUACAUCUCAAGAGGACAAUGCCAUGUCGCUGGCAGCCACACAUCCCAAUCUCUUGCCCACAGUCAUACAAUCGGACAUCAAACACAAUUUGGACUCAUUGGUCAGCCAGUUGUGUAGCACUCGUUUGGGUACCACUCAACAUCAGCGUUUGCUGCUACUACGCCAACGACAAUUAAUCGAGGAGGAUGAACUACGUCUCAAGCACUAUGUGGAAUAUGAGAAAUUCCAAAAGGCCAUGCGUCAAUCUUCCAGCGAUAUGGUACACCCUCAGCAGGCACCCAUGUUGUAUAUACAGCCCACAACCAUAAAUCAACAGGGCUAUAUAAAUCUAACCAGUGGUUUUAUGCCCAACUUUGCCGGUGGUGCUGGGGGUCACUCAUAUCCCCAACAUUUCCAACAGCACCAUCAGCAACAUCUGAUAAAUGCCAAUGUUCAAACCUCGGCUAUGUCUGGCUAUGCGGUGAUGAUCAAUCCUCAAUUAGCUGCAACUGCUCCCAUACAGCAACAGCCUCAAGCGCAGCAGCAGCACCAACAGCAAUUCCCUCAGUACACAAUUGUUGGUAAUAUGGGAGCUAUGCCAAAUCAGCAUACACCUCCACCAAAUGCAACGGCCACAGGUCAAACGCCAAUGUCCAAGCAGACCAACCUGUCGGGCACACCACUUCAGAAUGGCAUCAUAUUUGGGCAAGAAUAGGACAUGCCUAAACAAGAUGUUAAUGCGGAUGUAUGUGGAUUGCCAUUUUUUUGCUGGAAAGGCAACUGGAAUCGAAGUCAUAUAAUGAAGGAAUAAUCCUAUAAAAAAGGGAAGGAAAGAAGCCCAAGGCAUGCCCUUAUUAGCCAGAAUUGGUAAAACUGAAAGGUUAUGCCGAAACCUAAGCAAUGGUUGGUUGGUUAUGUUGAACGUUAACAUCAUCCCAGUAACUCUUGUUGUUAUCAAAUGUUUUUUUUUUAUUGUUGUUAAAUCUGGAAACUUCCAAAACAUUAGCAUUAAGGUAAGCUUAUGCCAUCACAUGCAUCUUCUCUGUUUCGGAAAAUUUGAUGCAGAGUAAAACGUCUUGGAGAAGAUAAGCAACGAACUAUGAUCAAAUCAUCAUGAACUAACUCACACUGAACCGCUCUGCCUACAGAGCUUUAAAGAAACUGUGAAACUCACUACUAGGAUAUAUAUAUACAGCACUAGAUAUAUAGAAGCAACAAUAUCAAUAUGCGCUCUCACGCUUGGAACCCUAGAGAUAUUAAGUUGCUGCAAAUAUUCGCUAUACGGUAUAUGGGACAUUGUUAUCCAUUUAUAAUCUAUCUAUCAAGGUAUUUACCAUUAUGGUUUUUGGGUCUACCUUCGAUUUAUCAAAGGCACUGAGAAGAUAAUUAUUGAGGACAUACUUACGACAUUGUCAAAUGGACCACCACUUUGGGACCGCUUUCAUAUAAUUCAGGUUUGGGUAUUAUGGAAACUAUGACAAAGUCAUUUCAAAUAUUCCAUAAUUAGACAACUGCUUUGUUUAAACUCAGCUACAUCUAGUCCAGCGAUGGCCAGCCCUUUACGGUGCGCUGAUGGCAAGUCACAUGCAUUCUUAUGCUCUUUGUUUCAGCUGUUGUUGAGACAGCAACGAAUGUACAUGCGCAGGGGUAUACUCAUCAUUUUUCUGGUUUUACUUCAAACACUGAUUUAUCCAAAUAUGGGAUCGUCGUGUGUGUUACCUGAUCGUCCAUUUUGUUCAUCUUCGGAGAAGCACAUCCCGGAGUGCAUUCUCCGUAUGCUAUUGGUACGUGUCCUUGCGAAUGUACAUGCACAGGGGUAUACGCAUCAUUUUUCUGGUUUCACUUCAAACAUUGAUUUAUCCAAAUAUGGGAUCGUCGUGUGUGUUACCUGUUCGUCCAUUUUGUUCAUCCUCGGAGAAGCACUUCCCGGAGUGCCUUUUCCGUAUGCUACUGCUACAGAACAGAACAGAAUUUUUUAGUGGUUGUUAUUUUUUACUAAUGCUGGCGACAUUUGUAAAGUAUUAUGCCAUUAUUCAAGUUUUUUUUUUGCCUGUUAGGGCGAAGAUCAUUAAAUUUUACAAUCUCUGUUUGUUUCUCUUUCGAGACGAGCUCAAUGAUCGGAGAUGAAAAUGGAAAAGGAAAGCCAAAGAUAGCAACACACACCAACCAAUCUGUGACGGGUUUCGUCUUUGGUUAGAAGACUUUUCAACCAAAUUAGGUGUGAUGGCUUCAAGGGCCGUGCGUUGGUAUGUUGUAUAUGAAUCGUAAUAAUAGCGAAAACGCAUCUUUGAUACAAUUACCACAUUAACCACGCUCGACAAUCCUGUAUAUUAGCUGUACUUUUCCCAAUGCAUGUAUUUUUGUGUAAUGACAGACAUUCUUUCUGUGAAAAAUUGCACUUCUUCCGUACUACACAUGAUUUUGGACAUCUGUUGGAAGUUGUAUUGAUGGCAAUGGCUCUCACUGCUGUUCCGAGGUUCGAAUCCCGGACGGGCUCUGCCGAAUUUUUAAUUUUUCAAGUUUUUUGCCUGUUAGAGCGAAUAUAAUUAAAUUUUACAAUCUUUGUUUGUUUCUCUUUCGAUACGAGCUCAAUAAUCGGAUAUGCAAAUGGAAAAGGAAAGCCAUGUACAACUUCUCUGCGUAGAGGUGUCACUCAGCAGUAAGUCGUUUGGAUUAGGCUAUAAGGAUAGGGUUAAUAUUUAAAUUGCACAGUACUAACAGAUAUGAGAGAAUCCGCAUCUACCUUCAAUAAGAGGGAGGUGACAAGACAAGAUUGUGGACUAGGAGGAGAUAAAUUGUCGCUUCGAUCCAGCAGGCGAGGCCAAGUUACACCUGAUUGUUAAAGUUGCUAUGGUUACAAUAUGCUUGGUUCCUGGAGAUUUUAAUGCACAUUUUCUCCUAGCAACGACCAAAGGGCCUACGAUUUGGCAUAACAGAUAAUCGCCCUCAAAUUUAUGGUCAGCGAAAUAACGAAGCGUCCCUAGGCUUCGUUGGUAGUCAGCUCGAUAUACCAGUGAGGAGGUCGUAUGUUCUAUACCUACCAGAGGCUUUGGUAUAUCGCUACCGUAGUACCACAAUGGCCUAUAAGUUGUCUAAAUGGAUCUGUAGCUUGGAGGCCACCAUAGCGCAGUGGUUAGCAUGUUCGCCUAUGACUCUGAACGCCUGGGUUCGAAUACUGGUGAGAACAUCAGAAAACAUUUUCAACGGUGGUGAUAACCAAUCCUAAUGUUGGCGACAUUUGUGAGGUACUGUUCCAUUCGGUAUUACAGCCAUGUAUAAACUUCUCCACAAAGAGGUGUCGUAGAGGUGGGGCGAGUGCCCUUAUCAUUGAGCUUAAACUUGAAUCGCACAGCACUCAUUGAUAUGUUAAAAGUUUGCCUCUAUUCCUUAAUGGAAUGUUAAUGGGCAAAAUUUUUUAUUUGAGUCUGUAACUGGCCGCCCAACCUAACGUAAACCAGCCUGUCAUUUUAUAGGAAUCAGAUCUUUUUCCCAUUAUUUUAUUAUUUUACUGAACUUCAUAACCUCUGACUUUGGAGAAUCCAUUCCAAUCGGUCCUUGGUGGACCUACACACCUCUUAAGAAGUUGCUGCUGACAGGAAAUUCCAAAGCAGCAUAAACACCAUAACUGCAUGCUUUUUUCCGUUGCACAGUGGGAUAGAAUCGAAAAAAAAAUUAAAAAAUCUGUCUGUUGAGAACGGGUAGAGAUAAUAUCUUAAAAUUUGGAAUGGUCAGAACUAAGGUUUUGGGACCUCUUGGCCCUUAAAGUUGGUCGCCUUAAAAUUGGUGCAAGAUGCCAAAUAUUUUUAAUGGUCCUAUUUCCAAAAAAAAAAAACAAAUUUUGCUGGAUAGUUUUCAAAUCCACCACAAACCAGUAAAAAGGCAUUAAGUUCGGUCGGCCGAACUUUUAAUACCCACCACCUCGAAUAUUCAUUAUUUUUGAACUCGUAGCAAUUGAAAAUUGGAAUGGUCAGAACUAAGGUUCCGGCGCCUCUUCGCCCUUAAAAUUGGUUCGGGAUGCAAAAUUAUUAUUAGUGGUCCGAUUUCCCGAAAAAAAAAAAUACUGGAUAGUGUUCAAAUCGAUCACAAACAAGUAAAAAAAGCAUUAAGUUCGGCCGGGCCGAACUCCCAUCCUCAAUCCAUUUUCCCAUCGCCUUAAGUCUCAUAACCGCAGUGGCUGCCUCAAUGGGUCGGAUAGCUAGAAUAGACUCCAGUGGUAUAGUGGGCGUGGUCCUCAUCGCUCCUUAUGUUGCACUUUUUCUCCAUAGCAGUCCACCAAACCAUAGGGUUGCUCCCCCUAUUCUCCAUAGCAGUCCACCAAACCAUAGGGUCGCUCCCCCUAUUGUCCAUAGCAGUCCACCAAACCAUAGGGUCGUUCCGCCUAUGCCAAGAUAACAUGUUCGCUGAACCUGUUGUAUGGUCCUUAUUUUGCCCUUUUUCUCCAUAGCAGUCCACCAAACCAUAGGGUCUUCUGAGCCGUAAGUAAGUAUUGGUCUAAUCACUCUUCUGUAGAGCCAGUGGACUAUCCUCGGAUUCAGGCCCCUUUUUGAGCCUAUGACCCGUCUACAUAGUGACCAACAUCUGUGAGCCUUCGCAGUACGCUCCUGAAUGUGACACUACCAUUUAAUUUUUCUGUUCAAGAUCACACCUAAGUAUUUGACCUUAUUAGAUAUUGAAAUCGUCUUAUUGGGGAAACGUGGUGCAUUAAAUUGGCUCACCUUCGUCUUCCUCGUGAACAGGCAUAUUUCAGUCUUCCCUGGGUUAACAUUGAAACCUCUGGGUCUAGCCUAGUCAUAUGCCUUAUGUCAGACCCUUUCGGCCCUGCUGCAUAGCUCGUUCGGAUCCUUACCUCUUAAAAGUAUAACAUCGUCUGCGUAGCAGAUGGGUUCAAAUCCCUCCUCAGUCAGCAUCCGUAAUAGGUUAUUUAUGGUGGUCACCUAUUACGGAUGCUGACUGAGGAGGAGGAGCAGCUUGAUGUAGCUCAUAUAUAUUUGAUAAAGUCAUUCAAAGAACUUGACAACUGCGAUCGAUUGUGGAGGGUAUAUAAGAUUCGGCCCGGCCGAACUUAGCACGCUUUUACUUGUUAUUCCUAUUUCUGUCGCAGUUCUGCGAUGUUUGCUACUCACCUAUAACACUGGUCAACAAGAAAUUUGUUUUGCUGAUUUUUGUUCUUGUUUCUAUAUUUAAUUGGAGCAUUAUUUCCAUGCCCUCCAAGUUUUUCUCUAACAGCUUUUGUUUUUGAGAUAUAGCCAUAAUAUAUGAUUUUAUCCAUAUUUUCCUUUUUCUUUUUUUGAAACAAAGACAAUUUUGUUGUUAUCGAAGAGGAUAUGUAUUCGCAAAGACGAUGUAAUGUACUUAAUCUAAAUAACUUUUGCUAUAUUUGUGGAUAAAAAAUUUUUUGUACAAUAUAAAUAACUUAAUUUGAGACUUUGUCAAAACUGUGUAUCAGCAGUAGAACAACGUUACCAGGUAUUCUCCUACAAAAUGAAAAUUUUGCCCAUGAGCAUUCCAAUAAGGAACAGGAGCAAACUUCUCACAUAUCAAUGAGUGCAGUCCGAUUCAAGUUUAAGCUCAAUGAUAAGGGGCCUCCUUUUUAUAGCCGAGUCCGAACGGCGUGCCGCAGUGCGACACCUCUUUGGCAAGAAGUUUUACAUGGCAUAGUACCUAACAAAUGUUGCCAGCAUUAGGAGGGGAAAACCACCGCUGAAAAUUUUUUCUGACGGUCUCGGCAGGAUUCGAACCCAGGUGUUCAGCGUCAUCGGCUGGCAUGCUAACCUCUGCGCUACCGUGGCCUCCAUAGGAGAAAAUCUCCAAUUGUAUCUCAUAAAUGCUGGGUAUGUCAGUGGUUAUGGUCCAGUGGAAGAAUAGAUGUCAUAUAGCUGGCGAUAAGAUUUGCAAAUACAUAAU